GAACUCGAGUUUAUCGACAAGGUUCAAAUCUCGACUAAACACAACAGGUUCCAAGGGAAGAAGUAAUAAAUUACUGUAAAAAUAAAUAUAUAUGUAAAUUGUUAACACAAAUUGCUGAUUUUGAAGAAUCAGAGCGAGUCCGAGUGACAGAAAAAAAAACUAGAUAGAAAUAUGAAUAUAAUAAUAAAUAAUUGUAGACAAACAGUAAGAAAUUUAUUGAGAAAUGCUGAUAACCUUUCAAGAAGGUAUGCAACUACUGUAGCUGACUACAAAAUCACCUGGACACGACCUGAGGAAGUUUCACCCUUGUCACCUGAAAGAUCCGGUGAUAAGGGAUUGAAGAUCGAUGUCAGUUCGAAGGAUCUCAUCCAAGAGUAUGCUGAAUCACCUGAAAUGAAAGAUGCCAGCGAUCUUGUUAAGAAGAUGUUUACCUUACAAUUCCAACAGCGCACUAAGACAACUAGUAUCAAGAUAAAGAAGUAUUUGGACUUAGUGAACAGGCAUGAAUUUGAUGAUUUUUCGCCGGAAGCUACGAUUGCUGUUUAUACAUGUAAAAUUCAUGAUUUGCAAGAGUUUAUAAAAGUAUAUCCCAGAGACGCGAAAGCAAAAGUUGCUUUAAAAGAAGCGAUUGAGAAACGAAGAAAGUGGUUAAAAGAUUUGCGAAACUGGGAUUAUAGACGCUUUGAAUGGAUUCUGGAGAAACUCAAUCUUGUUUAUAUACCAUAUCCUGAUCCACCAAAUCGGAUUACUAGAAAAGAGUCUUUAACACGAUUAACGGAAAAGCAUUGUGACAAACUUGUGCAGGACAAACUAAACGCUUACAAAAAAGAAUUGAAAGCGGCACAGGCGAAUUUUUAUGUAGAGAAGGCGGAGAAGCUUGCUUUUAUUAGAAAGGAAGAAUUAUCAUGUGGAUUACAGCCAUCAGUGAGCGAAGAAGAUAUUGCAAAAGCUAAGGAAAAAGCAAAGGAGUAUCAAACAUAAAUAUACAUAUAAUUUUAUUAUUAUAAUUUAGAAAUGAUAUAAGAUAUGAAAUUACACAAUAUAUGAGAUAUUUAUGUCAUCA